CCUGCCCAGCCGCCCGACUCUUUGUCAUCCCUGCAUCCCUCCUGUCUGCCCGCCAAGCAGCCAGCUCCGCAUCCCGCUCCGGCUGCCGUGGAAUGGAGCUGGAGCCGCGUUUGGUGGCGAGGAGGAGCUGACCCACUUGGGAGAGUUUGCGGGAGGAAUCCCAGGGCUGCCGUGGGAAGUUCCAGCCACCUUCGUUCUAUGUUUAUGUGCGAGGACACGGGUCCGUGGCGGGGACACGGGGCUGUGGUGGGAACACUCGCAGAGUCCUCGCGUGUGCCAGGGGAUGUUUGUUUGGACGUGGAUUUGGGAAGGAAGGCUGGCUCGGGAGCUUCCAGCGCUGCCGUUCAUCACCGCCUGCUCUUGCUUUCCCUUUGGAUUACGUUAAGCUGGGCAGCCCGGCUUUGCCAAGGGAAUGCUGCCGGCGCAGCGAUGGAGCGAGGCUGGCCCCACGCUCCUCCGUGGCUCCUCCGCGACACUGAGCCGGAGCAAAUCAGCUCUUCCCGUCAUUCCCUCGCCGCUGGAUGGUGCCUUCGGAUACCGCAGAGCGUUUCUCUAGUUAAACACACCUUUUCUUGGAAUUCUUUUUUUUCCCUCUAUUAGCCAAGAAAAACUUUGCAACUUUUCUUCGCUGUCGGAGAGGAGCCACUGCCGCUGCUGGGUUUCAUUUUGUUUUUUUAAUUCGAGGUCACGUGUGCGUUGACAGUGUCUUUGAUUCCAAGCGAUGGUCUCGUCUCCAGCUUAGGAAGAGCUUUUGAGCUCUUCCCUCUGUUGUUUUCUCUCUGUUCAGGAACAAAGAGAUUUUUUCUGCCUUUAAUUAAAAGGAAUAUUAAUUCCCUGCUCCUUUGUCGAGCGACUUGAAGACACUCUGCGAACAUCCGCCUGCUCGGCGCCACGGUGGGGUGAGCUCUGCUGUGGUACAGGGCAUGGAGAAAUGGGGGAACCAUCCCGAAAUCCCACAGCAAACACGGAGCAGCAGCCGGGGAGGAUGCUGACAGCCACGGUCCUCGGAUAACGCGGAGACUCCGGCUGCCACCAUGCCUGAUUCUCCGGCCGACGUGAAGACGCAGGCCCGGUCCACGCCGCCCAGCAUGCCCCCGCCGCCGCCGGCCGUCACGCAGGGAGCCACGCGCCACCCCUCCUUCACGCCAAGCACCAAUCGAGACGCUGGCCCUCCGACGUUUCUGCCUCGCGGCCGUUUUCAUGGUUGCUUGAAAUGGUCGAUGGUCUGUCUUUUGAUGAACGGGAGCAGCCACUCACCGACCGCCAUCAAUGGGGCUCCGUCCACCCCCAACGGGUUCAGCAAUGGGCCGGCCACCUCCUCCAGCGCCUCCCUGUCCACCCACCAGCUCCCUCCGGCCUGCGGCGCCCGCCAGCUGUCCAAGCUCAAGCGCUUCCUCACCACCCUGCAGCAGUUCGGGAACGACAUCUCCCCCGAGAUCGGGGAGCGGGUGCGCACCCUCGUCCUGGGGCUCGUGAACUCCACCCUCACCAUCGAGGAGUUUCACGCCAAGCUCCAAGAGGCCACCAACUUCCCGCUGCGACCUUUCGUCAUCCCCUUCCUCAAGGCCAACCUGCCGCUGCUGCAGCGGGAGCUGCUGCACUGCGCCCGCAUGGCCAAGCAGACCCCGGCCCAGUACCUGGCCCAGCACGAGCAGCUGCUGCUGGACGCCAACGCCUCCUCUCCCAUCGACUCCUCCGAGCUGCUCCUGGAGGUGGGCGAGAGCGGCAAGAGGAGGACGCCAGACAGGACCAAAGAGAACGGUUUGGACCGAGACCCCCUGCAUCCCGAGCACCUCAGCAAGCGGCCGUGCACCAUGAGCCCGGCGCAGCGCUACAGCCCCAGCAACGGGCUGAGCCACCCCCCGAACGGGCUGGCGCACCCCCCCGCCGGCCCGCCCCUGCCCCAGCACUACCGCCUGGAGGACAUGGCCAUGGCACACCACUACCGGGACACCUACCGGCACCCCGACCCCCGGGAGCUCCGCGAGCGCCAGCGGCCCGCCGCCGUGCACGGGACGCGGCAGGAAGAGGUGAUCGACCACCGGCUCACGGACCGGGAGUGGGCGGAGGAGUGGAAACACCUCAACAACCUGCUGAACUGCAUCAUGGACAUGGUGGAGAAGACGCGGCGGUCGCUGACGGUACUGCGGCGGUGCCAGGAGGCCGAUCGCGAGGAGCUCAACCACUGGAUCCGGCGCUACAGCGACGCCGAGGACAUGAAGAAAGGCAGCCCCCCCUCCGCGCGCCCCCACAACUCCUCCUCCGCCGCCGCCGAGGCUCCCCAGUUAGAUGCUCACCGGGAUUUUGUGCCGCGGCCGCUCUCUGGGUACAUGCCCGAGGAGAUCUGGAGGAAGGCUGAAGCCGUGAACGAGGUGAAGCGCCAGGCCAUGUCCGAGCUGCAGAAGGCUGUGUCGGAUGCCGAGCGGAAAGCCCACGAGCUGAUCACGACGGAGCGCGCCAAGAUGGAGCGGGCCCUGGCCGAGGCCAAGCGCCAGGCGUCCGAGGAUGCUCUCACUGUCAUCAACCAGCAGGAGGACUCGAGCGAGAGCUGCUGGAACUGCGGGCGGAAGGCGAGCGAGACGUGCAGCGGCUGCAACACCGCGCGCUACUGCGGCUCCUUCUGCCAGCACAAGGAUUGGGAGAAGCACCACCACGUCUGCGGGCAGACUCUGCAGGGGCUGCCGGGCCCCGCCGCCCCCGGGCCGGGCCAGCCCGACGGCGUGCCCGCCAUGGCCAGCAGCCCCAGCGAGGCGGGCUCGGUGGCCGCGUCCCGCGCCGGCACCCCGGCCACGCCAGCGCCGCUGGACAGCGCGUCCCGCUGAGCUGCCCUCGGACUGCGAGAGCCACGGACUGCACCCGGUGCAAUUUCCUCAGCUACCUGACUCGUGUGACCUCCGAAACGACCUCUCUAGCUCUCACAACUAAUCCUCACAGAUCCUCAAACUGGGCUUUAAGUGGAGUUAAGGCAAAUACCGGUCUCUGUUCUCUCUUCAGUCUUUGUUUUGGCUUUUUUCGGUUGGUUUUCUAUCGGUUGGGGGAUUGUGGUUUGGGAUUUUUUGGGUUUUUUUGGUUGGUUUUUUUUCCUUUUUUGCUCUCUGGAUGAGGGAUUUGGCUCCAGCCUCACCACGUAGUGCUGUGGGGAGAGACCAGCCUGAUCCCAUCCCACAUCAGCGCUGCCAAGAGGCUCACCUGGAGGAGGAAAGAACCUUCUUUUCUUCGUCUCUCUCUUCCUGUUUUUUUUUUUUUCUUCUUUUUACCUUUUUUUUUUUUUUGUAAAAAAAAUAAAGAAAAUAAAAAAGAAAACGUCGGACUCUUUGGCUUUAAGUAAGAAAUUGUAAAAAAGGAAAAAAAAAAGAAAAAAAAAAAAAAGAAAAUCCAAAAACCAGACGACGCGUGACGGAUGCUCACCUGUAACUACCUUGCUAGCUAGCCAAGAACAGACCAGACUCACCUCUGCUCCAAAGGAAAUCCAAAACCAAGGAAGAUCCAAACGUCUCUCCACUGCCAAAGUUCGUUUCGUUCUGUUGUCGCUUCCUUCCCCUCCCCACAAGGAUGGAUGGACGUGCCCCUGGGGCUUUAAAGAGUUUCUAUUAAAAUAAAGCAAAAAAAAAAAAAAAAAAAAAAAAAAAAGGUGUUUUUUUACUAAAACCCCAACCCCCAAGGUGUGGGAGGGGGAGAUGGGGCUGAGAACCGCAGCCGGAGCCAGCACGUCUCUACCUCUGCCCACCACUGCCCUGGAAAAGGAGAACAAAAAGGAGAAUUAAAAAAAAAAAGAGAAUAAUAAAAAAAGAGAAUUAAAAAAAAAAAAAAAGAAAAUUAAAAGACAGAUUUUGGGUUUCUCCCUCCCCGAAGCCGUCGGGGGACCCCCCAUCCCUUCACUGCCAGGCUGCUCCCACACCCCAUGCUGGAUUUGUUUCACAAGGAUUUUUAAGAGGAAAAGGAGAAGGAAAGGAAAAGGAAUGCUGCCUCCUUCCUGGCCGAGGCGGCGGCCAAGGACGAUGUGGAUUAUUUGGGAUUCUUGCCUCGCCGGAGCGGCGCAGAGGACGGAAGUGCAAUACGGAAAGUCCGGCGGCUCCGAGCGGAGGCAGCAGUGCUGUGCGCUAAUGUGAAUGUAAAUAGUGUCUGCAGAGGUCCAAAAAUGAAUAAUAAUAAUGAUAGUGAUGAUGAUGAUAAUAAUAAGAGACUUUUGCCAAAUAAAGGAUGAGGAGGAAGCGUGGAGCUGUGGUGCUGGCCCGAGCGAGGCCUGGCAUCGAGAGGAGCUGUAGUUUUUCCGCAUUUGCAAAACCCAUCCUGUGUGUUUUCCGUAGGGGAGGAAGAGGAGGGAAGGGCUCGGGGCCGGGGGGGUUGUGCUGCACCCAGGGCUGGGCUGGGCCACAGCAGAGCUUGGGACACCCCAAGGGUGAUGUCACCGGCCCUGUGCCACCAGCACCCAGCCCUGCUGGGGGUUCUGUGCACCCCAAGGCCUUGGUGCAUCCCCUGGGAGGGUUCCGUGCACCCCAAGAUCUUGGUGCGUCACCUUGGACGAGUUCUGUGCACCCCAAGACCUUGAUGAAUCCCCCUGGGGGGUUUCUGUGCACCCCAAGGUCUCUGUGAAUCCCCUCAGGGCUCUUCUUGUGCACCCUGAGGUCUCGGGGCAUCCCCCAGGAGGUUUCUCUGCACCCCAAGACUUUGGUGCAUCCCCCCAGGGAGUUCCUGUGCACCUCAAGGUCUUGGUACCACCCCGGGGACGUUUCUGUGCCCCCCCCAAGACCUCGUUGCACCCCCUGGGUGGUUUCUGUGCCCCUCCAGCCCUGGGAGCUUUGCCGGGUGCCCCUCCCUCGACUGUUCACUUUAUUUAUGGUGUGACAUAUGUAAUAUUGUCUAUUUUUCUUACGUUUCCUGAGAAGAGGUAAUAUAUAAGAGUAUUGCAGACGCCCCUGCUCGCCCGACUGUCCGGCCCGUCCCCUCCCUCCCGCUGUGUCCCCGCCUGCCCCCGGCCCCGCUCCUGCCGGGGCUCUGCCUCUCUACCUCCACCUCGCCGGGAAAUCGCGGGCGAGAGCACUUCCACAGGGGCUGCUCUCCUUUCCACUCCCUGCUGGUUUGCUUUUUUUGGAAUUAUUAUGAUUUGUUUUUUCUUUUUUCUUUUCCUCCUUUUUUUUUUUUUUUUUUUUUUUUUUUCUUUUAAUAAGAAUAAAACUGCCCUACAGAACCUUGCAUCGAAACCAAAAGCCGACGGAGGGAGGGACGGAGGGAGGGGACGGCGGUGACGGGCGGCACAGUCUCAGCGGGCGGCCAAACCAGAACGACAGCUUUAAAUGUGAGAUUUCCCAAAAAAAAAUUUGUGCUGCGGGGAGGACGGAGCGGCCGCGGGGCCGGAGUGAUGCCGUGCUGGUGCUGUGGGUGCUUCCCUGGGGGUUUGCUCCAAAAUGGUGUUGUUGGGGGGUGUGGGGGGCCAGGGGGCGUGUGCCACGUGCUGCGCCCCCUCGGUGGCUCUGUGGCACCUGGGAGGUGGCAGUGGGUGAGCAGCGUGCUCCUGGCACAGCCUGGCCGGGGCAGGGGCCGUGGGGCAGCGUGGUGCCACAUCAGGUCCCCGUGGCUGCCCACAGCUGCUGGGUUUCCUGCUCCCAUCGCGGCUGGGGCAGGGGGACGGCGUUGGGGACAUGGGGACAGCGUGUCCCAGGUCCCCGUGCCCGUGGGGAGGCAGAGCCCCGGGCGCCGGGUGCUGGCUGUGGCACCAAGCUGGGGAGGUGGCAGGAGAGACGCGGCUCUCUGGUGCCAGCCACGGCGCCGGGGUCCCCUCUGCAGCCCCUUCCUCGCGUUCCCAACCCAAAAUCCCAGCUGAAACCAAAGUACCACAUCCCGGCGAGGCUGGAGCGGGGCCCCACACCUGCCUGGCUGUUGCUCCAUCACUGCCAGAGCCCCCCGAACUCCCCCUGCAGCAUCUCCUCCUCCUCCUCCUCCUCCUCCUCCAGGGGCUGCUGGGGUCCCCCCCUUUGUCCUCGGGGUGCCUCUCUGGAUCCCAGUGGCUCUGAGGCUGGGGACAAGAUGCCGCUGUGUUCCCAGCUCCCAGGCACUGUGAUGGGAUGUCCCCCCUGCCGUGGCAGCCCUGGGGGCUCCUCCGAUGCCACGGCCCCGGGAGGGAGCUCGUGCCAGUGUCCCCCCUCCCUCCCGGCUGCGGCAGCACUCGCUUCCCGGAGCCCUGCCAGCCCUGGCACGGGCACACCGGGCACCGGGGGCCCUGAGGGGCUGGAAACCAGAGCCCCCCGCCAGGGCCAGGCGUGGGGUGUGGGGCCAGCCCAGAGAGAUGACGUGGUAGGACUUUCCUUCGGCAUGCUGUCCCCCCCUUGCUGUUCCCCGCUUUCUCUAAGUGUACUGUAUGUUUGACCUGUGAAAGAUGUAAACUUUAUGAUUCAGGUUAUGUCUGUUCUUAACUCUGUAUCUGUGUAAUAAAGACAAUUUAAUAUCAA